AUGCCAGAGCAACCGGAAUCUGAACCGGAAAAGUCUUCCGUCGCGCACUAUGUCGUCAUUGGCGAAGGUGCUCGCGACAACGAGUGGACAGAUGGUACCCCAGCUUCGCGUUUACUUGCUAGUCGCUUACCCGAACAAAGCUUUCAGCUUUUGCCAAUUCCUCCCAGUACAAAAUAUGCCAUUGUUCCGCUUGUGCGUGUGUUUGGCUGUGAGGGACCUCCUUCCCCCGCCACAAAGUUUCCCCGCGUUUCUAACGUCUCUAAUAUGGCUCCACUACCCGUGGAGCAGUUAUCGAGUGCCCUUGCCGAGUCGAAUAUACACUCGAACAGUCAAAGUCGUGUCGAGGGUGAUGUGCAGUCUUCAGCUGCGCCUGUCAGUUAUGGUGCAUCCGGCCCUCCCCGACACCUUAGCACCCGCGGGUGCCGCAUGAUCGCACAUCCAGCAUUGAAUCAUGCGACCCCCAUUGCGAAUUCUGGACCGACAACUGCAGUACGGCAGCAACUCCCGGACGAACGAGGGCCAUCAAAAAUUCCUUCGGUAUCCGGAACCAAAAACCGAAAUGAGAGGAACAUCCUCUCACCUGAAGAUGCUGAGUUAGAUCUUGCGAACGUUGAGAACAAUUCUAGGCUUUUUUCUGCGAAAUCGAUAUCGAACACACUAGCAAGUGAUGCACAAUCCGCCGCAUUGAAGGAGUUUGUCAGGAACCAAAAGAAGCUGUAUCAGCCGACCAAAUCACUCCCACCAAUUCUCGCGGACCCUGCCAUCCAAGCAGCGCAUGCCGCUCGAAUGCAUGCCUCCACCCGACACGAAGAAUCUCAACAUGGUACUGCUGCUUCGGCUAGUGGCCAUGCGGAAAGAGUUCAACGAACGUCGGGCACGUCCUCUAUACAUCAUGGUCGAAGCGACAUUCAAGUGCGUGGGCCUACUAUAAAAACACUGGACAACAACAGUGCACCAUCAACCAAGACUUCUGAACCCCCUUCCCUGAAAUCGCUAAGAACUGCAGGUAGUUCUGAGAUGAGGGCCAAAGAAGAAAGAGAUGAGACCGCUGUAAUACGCGAUGAACGGAGUUCGACGGACUGUCCAUCACAAUCUGAGCGGCUCAGCAGAGCAACAAAAGUGGGGAACUGCGAUACUGUCCCGUCCGAGAAUUCCCAGCUGACCCAAAAGCGAAAGGUCGCAAAUGAAGCAAAUGCCAGGCGUGGAAGUCUCCCAAAUUUACAUCGGCGUGUACCACCCGAACGACAUGCAAGAGAGGGAAUACAAGCAUCGAUGACGGAGCGCUCUGCGAAAAGCACAUCUACUAUCCCAGCGCGUGCAAUCGUCUUGGAAGGAAAGAAUGGAAAAGGCUCUCAUACUGAUCAAGAGCAACGGGAUGGCGAACUGUUGUCCCGGCGACGAGGGAACAGUGAUCAGAGAACCAUACCCUCUCAGAAGGAUAAAGCUCCCGCCAAUGCACAUAAGACUAAUUCAUCGAGCACUCCUAACACUACCCAUUCUGGAAAUGAAGACUUCAAUUCAGGUUCGAAAAAGGAGAAGGCCAGACAUGCGCAGUUGCAAAGGAAACCUCCGUUUUCGAAGGGCCUGACUUGUGGGGUUGAUCUUCAGCAGAAACUAGCGCGAGGAAGUCUUCAUGUGGUAACAACGGACAAUAGUUCGUCAACGUCGGGUGUAAAGGGCAAGAAUUGCAGCGAUCUAAUGACAGAGCCAUUUGAAUAUUGCAUCAAGCUACUGGUGCAGUCUUUAUGUUUAUCUGGGUCUGCGUCUGGGUCUGGAAUCAGCAAGGAAGUCACGACUAGGUUUAGGAGAGAAUUGCGAACUAUUUUCAAUCUGGAAAGCAGAUCCCGAUUGCCUCAAAGUAAGAGAGGAAUACUCAAGGGCCCUCAUAAUGCACGCGAUCAAAAGGCUCCAACUGCUGCAACAAAUGACACCGCCCCUCUCCAUGGGGGAAGAAAAGCAGCUCUGAUUCUACGUCAGGAAGCAGGUCCUGUAGUGUCUCCGACGAAGGUGGCGGAGAAGCCUGGAUAUUCUCGUUCCUCCUCUCGCAUACUUGCUAGCGACGCAACUGCUGGGAUUGUGCAUCCUCGAAGCUCUGAGCAUGGUGCCAGAACCCGAGCACAACCAGUUGACAAAUCAGACGCCAUGCCCUCAUCACAGACCCCAAUAUCGUCCGCACUGCAUGGCAUUCAAUUUACAUUCAUUCGGUGGCAACUAGCAAUACAACAAAAGCAAGUGAAACUUGAAAAUGUUGCACGUGAAGCCAGAGAAAUUGCGGAUACUUGCAAAAGUUUAAUGAACCCGGUAGGAGGGACACCCCGCAUGCAAGAUAGAGAAGUAAUCGAGCAUGUUGUCAACCUGAAUCUGGCAGGAAUUCCUAUCCGAUACAUUCUCACUCAAAUCGCAUCUCUCAGCGAAGUCUCGGCGUCUAGUUACAGUCCCCAGCGAAGCGCUAUGAGAAACUUAGAACAUGCUUUAGACGCGUUGAGAGACAUUCUUAUAUGGGCAAAGUACAUAGCGGAUGAAGUCUCACAACUUCACAGAAAAUACGAAGAAGACGCUUCCGAAAGAGCAGAAGUGAAGCGGUUUUUAGCAGGCAUCACUACUUUUAUUUCAUAUUCUCAGUCAGAAGCAAGACUAGGUUUUAUUUCGGAGCUGAAGGAAUACAAGAAAUACUUUCUUCAUUCGGCGAAUUCGAAGGAUGAUGGAAGACCUUUCUAUGCUCGCCGUCAGGCCCUUGGCGACGACGUCAGAUCGAUUUUAUUGACAUUUCGAAGAGUUGCCGUUUGGUGGAAGCGGCAAACCUCGACCAAGCGCCGCAAUGUUGGUGCUAUGCAAAGCGCAACCGCCACUUCAGCAGACCCCGCAAAUGAAGUGCCAAACCCUAGUGUGGCGGGGCGGAAGGGACCGAGCGAAAAGGUCAAGAACGUUCUGAAAGCAAAUCCCCAGCUGCAGUCACGAACAACUGACGCGGCUGUUCUUGAAAAGGCUUAUGCCCAUGGGGAGAGUCAUGAAAAAGAAGCCAAUGAAGCGCCAAGUGUGCAUGAUGCUAAAGCCGCGCCAAAGCGACAGGGUUCGGACAUUUCAGACGUCAAGAUGCGCAGAGCAGCUGUGGGUUCAAGUAGCGAGAUUGUGCCUGGCUCAACGAAGGCGAGAGCUAUCGGCCAAUUGGGUGUUGGCAGUGGGAGGCUUGACGCCAAAGCUCCAUCAGUGGCGAGGACAAAGGGGAAGGAGAGUUUCAAUCCCAUGGCGUUGCUUAAAUCGAUCUCUGAUGCUCGUAAUACACAUCACCGAGAAGACGGCAUUCGUUCAGAAUCCCGGAGUGCGAAGAAUCCCGUGGCAGGGACAAGUGCAUGGGCGACUACAUCCCAGACAUCGAGGCCUCGGAAGCCAUUAAACAAAGGAGAAGUUGAAAAAAAUAUCAAUGCAGAAGAACGUAGUCGCCGGCCGCUGAAGCGACGUCGACGUGAUGAUCACGUCUCUUUCGCAACUGAUCUCGUGGUGGGGACAAGUAACUCGAAUAUCCAAAAGGCAGACAACCUCAGCCUAUUUCACGACGGCUACGAUUUGUUAGGUCGUGAAAAUCCAAUUCAAGAAGAGGCAGUCAAUGAACGGGCCAGUCAUCUGACUAGGGGGUCAGUGAUAGCGUUAUUUGGUUAUUUGCGGUCUGAGUUCAUUCGAAUGAAAAACGAAUCUGAGGGGCGAGAAACAAUAGAACCAGAAUUUUUGAGUCUCAUCUAUCCUCCGUCGGCCUCGAAACAGAUUGCCUGGCAUGCAAAGAAGGACACGCCGAAAGCUGGAUAGAUGAGACGUACAAGCUUUACUUCCAUAACACACUUGUGCAGCAGUCAGAGAGAGAUGUUGGAGGGGGACAACUUGUCGCGGUUAUGAGAGAAGAGAAUAAGCAACGACAUGCGCCAGAUCACAAAUGACAGUGCCAAUGUGCAGUUUCCGUUUUUCUUGCACUGAAGUAGACCCAAAAUUCAUAGACGCAAGAAUAUUUUGGCGAACGCUGUAACAAUACCUCCUUUUGUUGCCCCUGGUGAGGAAAGCAAAUUUCGAUGUCAAGGACUGCACUGAGACUUGUUCUUAUGGUCAGCCUGAAGAAAUCAGGUAGCAAUUAAACUCACUAAGCUUGUGGCAAAGUGCGUUCAAGCCUAUCUUAUUGUACCAUUUGGUAUGUUUUUAUAAAAUAAAACAAGGAAAAAAAGGAGUACGCCAUCCUCACAUGGCUUCCCUAUCU